AGUCCCCCGGGAGAGCGUCGUGGUUUUUUUUUAAAGAGGCACCGACUGCCCGCAUGGCGAACCAGUCGCAGUGCCUGGACGAUGCGCCCUUUCGGGGCUUCCGCGCCCUGUGGGACCCCAGCCCGCCGCAGGUCUACAGCGAGGCGCAGCGCCUAGCGCUGGAGGAGCUCAUCGCCGCUGGCCGGCCGGCCUUCCACGCCUUCCUGCGCCGGGAGAAGCUGCGCGCGUUCCUCUCCGAGCCCGAGAUCCGAGCGGUGCUGCGCGCCGCCGUGCCUCCGCCGGGCGCGGACGAGAGUUCGGAUCAGUCCCCCAACUCCUCUCUGGAUUGCUCGUCUCUCACUUACUUCCCGGUGCAGUCCGACGUGGAGCCGCCUGUGCUGGAGCUGGGCUGGCCGGCCUUCGUCGGCGGCUCUUUCCGGGGGCUCACCCGGGUAGAGGCGCACUUCCAGCCCAGCUUUGGCGAGACCAUUUACCCCUGCAAGGAGGUGGUGCGCAAGCAGAUCCGGUCGGCCAGGGAGGUGAGUCAGAGCCGUCCAGGGGGAGCAGCGGCAGCUCCGUUUCGGGGAUUGACUGGAUUAGCCGCGGCUGCAUGGGAAUCCAGUUUUUGAUCUGAUUCCUAUUGCCCCCGAUCCUAUUCCCUCGGAGAUUCUUCAACACUUCCCAGCGGUUCCUUAGACCAUGUCAGGGCGCCGGAAUGUGGAUAUGAAGCCUUCGCGCGGUAUCUGGAAGCUUUAACCAGCCUUUCAUCCAAGGAGCUCGGGCCUGACAAACCUGAGUUUCUUCCUUCCCAUUCAGUUCUCACAACAGCCUUUUGAAGUAGACUGAGAGACAAGGCCUGCGUGAGUGGGGAUUUGAACUUGGAUCUCCCGGGUGUUAGAGCAGCGCUUUUAACCAUUAUACCACAGUGAGGCUCUCUAUAACAGGGGACCCUUGCUUAUGGUCCAACCAGUGGGUUUCUCCCAUUCAGGCUAGGGGCUGCCACAUAAAUUUUUCCCUCUGGAACUGUUUGUUCCCCCCACAGUGGCAUCUAUUUUGAGUAUUUAACGUUUUGUUACAUUGGAUUGCAUAUCUGCUGCCCCGAACACCCUUUGGAGGGGAGGGUGGGGCAAAAUGUAGCUAAUACAAAUAUUUUUUAUAUAGGCACCACACCUCUUUCAUUGAGCAAAGUAAGUUUGUUUGAUUUCUGUUUGGUUGCUUGAUCUUUUGGGCUGAGGGGGUCUGUGAUAACACAAAGACCCCUGCCCCAAUGAAUGGACCAAAUGCUCUAGAAUGGUGGUUCUCAGUCUUUCAUUUGCUCUUGUCUAUAUAUAUAUAUAUGCUGUGUAGCCUGCAUAAGAGAUGGUCAGCAGCCUAGUUUGAAUAGAACAGGUGUCUUGGAAUGGUCCUUUUAUGCAGCAUGGGCAGGGGUAGUAGCUCUUGGGCCAUGAAAUGAUUAUAUGUCACCUUUUUAAUUGAGACUGCCAUAGAUGAAUGAGUACCAUAGAACUGCUGCAUAACUGACAGUUGAAGGUGCCCGUGCUGGCCGUUGGAACAGGAUGACUCUGAUGCACUUGGAUUUUUUUCACGCUUUGUUCUAGUUUUAGUAAUGCACAUUUAAAAAAUAUAUAUUACCAGCAUGAGAUGCAUCUCCAGAUAAAAGCUAUGACAGAGUGAUGUUGCACGACCUUAAUACUACCUCAAACUAGGUGUAACCAUUAAGCAGUGUUCUCUUUCAUUCCUCAUCCAUGUGCAUUUCAGUAUUGCAGCUGAAUUUAGGAGGAAUAAGUUAGAAAUCCAACAAAAUUAUUUGUAAAAUACAUGCUUUGGGACAUAUGUGAUCAAGUCAAUCAUUAUAUAUUUCACAUCCAUUUUGUGAAGUGGAAUGAGGUGGAGUAUUUGGCCAAUACCAAUUAGUGUACUGUGCUAGAUGGAAGGCAAAGAUGGAAGAGAGAAGUUAUUUUGAAUUGAUGUAUGACGUCCAGUCUUCCUUGGAGUCCUUGGUGUUUUCCUGUCCAUGCAUUCACAGCACUUCAGAUGCAUUGAUAUUUAUUACCUUGACUACAACCCAGUCAACUAGUCCAGUUAUGAGUUGAGCUUGCUUGCCUUAAGGUGAGAGCUUAUGCUUGAGCUGAGGCUUUAAGUGGAACCUCUGACCUGCAGGCUGUUCGUGGGGCACAAUGCCAUCAGCUGAAAUCACUAGCUGAUGGGUGCAACUCAGUCCUGCUGGGAUCUGCUUUGCUACCACAUUUCCUGUGGGGACCAUGUUGUCGAUGCAGACCCCUGCAACCAGCAGAAUUCAACCCUCCACUCACCAGCUGAUUCAGUCCUGCUCAGUUUGCUCUGCACACUUAUUCCCCUCCUGAGAACAAACACAUUCAGCCAAAGCACAGUGUGGGGCUAUUUGAAAGCCCUUUUGCCAACAACCCUGUGCUGUUCUUUAAACUUUUUUUCAGAAAAAGGUUUGAAGAGCAAUGUGGAGUCUGUUUGCAAAAGGGCUUUCAAGCAGCAUCACAUGAUUGACAGUAGUUGGCUCUGCCCACCAGUCGAAUUUGGCCCUACAGGGUGAGGAAACAAGGAUCUUGCCUACUGGUUUCCCAUCCCUCCCUCUUGUGAUUCCCAGCAACUGGUAUUACUACCUCCAACAGUGGAAAUAAGAGCGUAGACAUUUGGUUAGUUGUCACUGAGAUUCUUAUCUUCCAUUCAUUUCUCUGGUCUUUUUACAGUCAUCCAAGCUGGUGGCCAUCAGUGCAUCUUGUGGGAGCAAACUUCAUAGUUUGACUAUGGAAGAAGUGCUUUCUUUUUUCUGUUCUGAAUCAUCCAAUAUUCAGCUUCAUUUAAUGUCCUUGAGAUCUAGUACUACGAAAGAGGGAGAAAACUGUCUCUCUAUCAAUUCUCUCCACCUUGUGCAUAAUUGUAUACACUUCUAUCAGGUCCCCUCUUGACUUUAAAAAAUCUCAGUUGCUGUAAUCUUUCCUCAAGAGAGGAGUUGCUCCAACUCCUCAUAGCAACUACUCUGGCUUUUCCCCCCUUCAUCAUUCCCUUUCAGCAACAAUACAUGACAAUAGCUUUGUGAUUUGAAGGGGAGUCUUUUGUUGUUAUUUAGUCGUGUCCGACUCUUCAUGACCCCAUUGACCAAAGCAUGCCAGACACUCCUGUCUUCCACUGCCUCCCGCAGUUUGGUCAAACUCAUGCUGGUAGCUUCAAGAACACUGUCCAACCAUCUCGUCCUCUGUCGUCCCCUUCUCCUUGUGCCCUAAAUCUUUCCCAACAGCAGGGAGUCUUUUAACCUAUAUUAAAACAGUGUUCUGGAUCAAGACUCUUUGCAAAUAAGCGACACCUGGCAAUGUUGUCCUGCAUCAUACAGCAAGGCUAUAUUUGACAUGGGAGAGGUCUAGUGAUCUAAUUUUGAAGUACUGGGUGGCAAUCCAAGCUAAGAAUACUGAAGCAGAGGUACCUGUAGUAUUGUGUAGAGCCAAUAAUUAGCCGUGAAUUUUCUCGUGUUGGGUAUGUUCCCAUGAUUUAUGACUGCAGUGUGAUGCAAACCAGCGAGCUGUUAGGUGGAUGAUUGCUUCUUUUCCUGCACACUGCUGACAUACCUACUCUGAGAAAGAGCCAUAUAGUAGGUGAGCAGAAACGGGGAAAGAGUGGUGGGACGAGCAGAUGUUUUGAAUAUGUACUUACACUCUUGGAGACUGACAAAGUCUGAAUAAAAGGAGGAUAAGCAAAAGUGAAGGGGUCUGAAGCCACUAUGGAAGAUGCCAUCACCUAGCUCCAUCUUUGUACAUGACCAUUUUUUAUAAAGGGUAGUUAUAGUGUAAUUCAAAUGCCAUGGAUAUUUGCAUGAUUAUAAUUGUGGCAAUUUGUAGCGGCAAUAACUCACAACAUUCUUGUAAGCAGAUUGACUAGAUUUUCAUUCCCCAUGACACAUUGUGUCAUCUUCCUUAUUGAUUCCACCUGGCGGCAUGUGCCAUGGAAGCCUACCUGGCCACACUGUGUUUCCAUCUAGCUACCAUUGCUCAGUCUUGGGGCACUGCUAGACUGUCACUAUUUUGCAGGUGGGAUUCAGUUGCAUACUGGCCAGCUCCAGUUGUGCAAUUAAAGUUAGAGGUUUUUUUGAGCUCUUGUGCAAAGAAGCAACUUUCCACCCUACAAAAAAGGCACUGGGAAGUGUGGAAUAACAUUUGCUUGACCCAGCAUGGGACAACCUCCCUGCAAAUAAAUUGGAAAGAAUGUUCAGUAAAUAACAGAUGUAGUCUAACCUCCCUGCUAGGGGUGGGCAAUAUUAAGUUUUCAACAUUGCGAUAGAUCGCCAGCAAAACAUUGCAGUUUGGCAAUAAACCGCUAUGUUGAAACAAGCUACAUUGGCCCCAGCUGGCGAGGCGUUGGGAGAAACUGCCUCAGCUCUCACGGUGGGAGCCAAGGUGCUGCUCAGCUGUGGGGAGGAAAGACUCCUGCAACCAACUGAGCGAGCCCCGAUUCCCCACUUCUCAGCUGAGAUGUCGGAACCAUGGGAUGCAAAGCCAGCUGGCUUGGCCCAGCCGGAGUGUCUCCCUUCUCAGCCUUGCCACAGCAGAGAUCCAUCAGUCAUCCUCCUUCGAUGUGCGUCUGCGACUCAAGCUGCUGUGCAUGCAAGAGCACACAUUACUCUGCAGAGUAAACACACAAGCCAGAUCAGGCUUGAGGUGUGAAUACUAUACUAAACUACACAUUUAUUAUACAUAAAUCAGGACAAAGAAAAACAUGGCCUCUCUCCUUGUCUUUCUUCUCAGAGACACAGGGAAUAAAAGCAAUACAGAGUGGAUGUUCCGCUCACAGGACUCCAGCAAUCUGUGCUGGAAUGUAAACAGACAUGUGACAUGUAACAACCCCACAUAUCUCCAGCAAGGGUGGAAUGGAAUUUCCAACAUCAGAUCCCCAACCCUGCUCUUGCUUGCACACAAGUCUGAGCGGGAUGGCUGCUCAGCUGGGGAGUGCAAGCCCCUCCUCCCCAGCUGAGAGAGCCAGGACCUUGCUCCUGUUUGUAUGGAGCUGGAUUGGGGCUGCUCAGCUGGGAAUGUGUAGGCUCCAUUACACUUUUCCACUGAGGGGUUCGGGGCUGUGCUCCCCUCCAGGGAGAAGUUCAAAGGAGCCCUUGCACCACCUGAAGGCAGCCAGGUGGAAACGGGGGACAGGGAAGGUGGAGGCAGCCCGGCAGCUGCAUCUGAGACUCCUGGACUGCCUCUGAGGCAUCUGGUGGGCUGUCUCCACUUUACCAGGCGGUGCUCUGGCCUGGCUAUCCGUUGUCUGCCAGUUAAGUUUGCUAACUUGUGUAGCAUGUUCUUCCCAUUGCUGUGGCCUUCUGCAGCAUUGACGGCGGCUCCACCUAGAAAUGGGUGGAUUGAAAUUGGUACAUACCAGGAUGUACACACUUCACUAGUAUUUCCAGCUGCUGGGCUCUGUGACAUCAUUGCCUUAAAACUGACGGCCUGCCACUUUGAGAGGUACGCUAGCAUUACAGAUUUCAAGGCUCUAGUUGCUUUGCUAAUUCUGUUCAGAAUGAAUCAUUCAGAGAGGGUGACUGCUGAAUUGCUUCUCACCAGGGUGUUCAGUUAAGAUUGUUCCUUGUAUAAGAAGCCUGAAUAGGCGCUUGAUGACAUUUAUAAGUUGUCCAAUACUAGGUUUAGAAGAAAUUAAUUUUCUCGCUCAAGUCCAGCCACUGGAGAUAUCUUUGACGUUGUAAGAUAAGGCUUCUAAGCUUCUCUUGAAACUUCUUUGGCUGUGAUAGGUGUGGUUCUACAUCAAUUACAGGUGAUUUCUAAGCGGUUUCUGCUUAUUGUGCACAAUUAAAUAUCCAUAAUACACAACUUGGUUUGUGGAAAUGUAUCCAUUGUAACUGAUGGUUAUAGUAUCUUAUGCAAUGCUAUUUGGCCCUUAGGGGUUCUGAGAGAAAAUUGGUUUAACCCCUGCUCUACUAGCCUCUUAAAGUUGGUGGAAUACCAUCAUCGUUAACAUUGCCGUCGCAAUGUUAACUCGUGAAGGCACGUGACGUGGUUUAGCCAUGAAGGAAGCAACACCCACUGAUUUGCCAUGUAAUGCACACUGUACUUUGGGAACUUUGUCCUAAAUUGAUCAGAAGUAGCACCCCGCUGUUUAAAAGUAGAAAUACAGUAGACUGUUUGGUGAAAAGGUGUUAUUUACUCCAACCUCUGAAGCUGCAUAGUCUCUGUACUGCCUUGUAAAUAUGUCAGGUGCAGCGCAGCACUAAUUAUCACUUGAUCUCCUGUGUUCCUCUUGGUAAAGCCACAAAGUAGCAUCACUGUCUUGUAACUCUAGAACAGGCCUUCCCAAAAAAUCAACUGUUUUUUUAGACUACAGUUCUCAUCAUCCCUGCCCACUAAUCCUGCUAGCUAGGGAUGAUGGGAGUUGUAGUCCAAAACCAACUGGAGGCCUAAGUUUGGGAAACCCUGUUGGGAAACAUUUCGGAACCUACGACCCUCCAGAUGUUGCUGACCUAUAAAUCCCAUCAGCCCUAACAAGUGUGACCAACGACAACUUAUGGAGGGCUAGAGCUUCCUCACACCUGCUCUAGAACUUGGGGUCAUCCAAAGAAACUGAAUGGCAAGAAAGUGGGAAUUGACCAAAGGAAGUACAACUAGUGCAUAGUUAAACUACAGAAUUCGGUACCACAAGAUGGUGAUGGCUGCCAACUUGGGUGUCUUUAAAGAAGGACUCGACUAGUCAAUGCAGAAUAAGGCUGUCGAUCACAGUAGCGAUAUGCUGCCUCUGCAGUUGAAGGCAGCAUGCCCCUGAAUUCCAGUCGCUAGAGAACAAUGGUGACAGGGUGCUUCUUGCACUUGUCUCCUGCUUGUGGACUUCCUGUAGGUGUUUCACUUGUCACUGUGGGAAACAGGGUGCAGGGCUAGAGAGGUCUCUGGUAUGAACAAGUGGGGCUGUUCUGUUAAUUUCGCUGCUUGCGGUUGCAUAGCUUGGAGGGUGGCCAGAGAAGCAGGUGUUUAACACGUUUUUCCUGGAAAACCUCUGCAUUGAUCAAAAUCCUAUAUACAUACAGCUAGGUAGAAUAGCACCGCCAUGCAUGUACAAGAAGGUGGUAUCAGCAGACUUUUGGGAAUAUUGGCAGAAUCACGAAAACCUUAAGGAGACCGCCCCCCACCCAAUAAGGACUAAACAUGCUUAGUGGUCUUGCAGUGCUAACUGAUUUUUUUUGGGGGGGGGGGGCAGGGGUUGGAGGUGGGGUGGAAAACCUGGCCCUGGCUAACUGGAACUCUGAAUAGCAGCAUUCCAUGCUGCAACUUUUAGCUGCAUCCUACAUUUGUGCACUGUUAAAUAUGAAAUAUGUGGCUGCAGCUGUCAUACACUGAAGAGGCACAGUAUAAACUGCUCUAGGGUUUUUUAAUUCUUUUAAAAUGUAAAAUAAAUGUCUAGUUCAGAUGCUGGCUCCAUGCCUGUUCUGCAGUGCCUCCAGGUGACCUUUAUAAUCCAGCUGUCUUUAAACAGGAUCAGAUGCAGAUCUUGUUUUCCUUUUUUCCUUUGCCAUGAGAAGAGUGCAAUGAUUUUUCAAAAGGGUGAUGCACCCUCAGAUAAAGAGAAAUAAACAAGCGAUUAAAGUUCCUGAAAUGCCAGGCAAGAAAGAGCUAUUAAGUGACACUCUUGUGAUGCAUACACAGGAGAUGGGAAGAAACUAUAACUGCCAUUUGAUUUCUGUGUGUGCUCUCUCAGCCUUUUUGGGGGGAUGGGACAUGUUGUCUACACAGAGUGGAUGUGUGUUGAAGGAUGGGAUUAUGUCUUUGAAAUGCAGUAAAUAAAAUACUUACCAAAAUGCUAUAUAAAUGAGUCAGAGAAAUUGAUUGUCCAUGUAAUUCAUUUAUGCUUGAUCCCUAUGGUUAAUACAUACAGUGGCACCUUGAGUUAAGAAGUUAAUUUGUUCUGGAGAUCUGUUCUUAACCUGAAACUGUUCUUAACCUGAGGUACCACUUUAGCUAAUGGGGCCUCCCACUGCUGCCGUGUGAUUUCUGUUCUCAUCCUGAAGCAAAGUUCUUAACCCAAGGUACUAUUUCUGGGUUAGCAGAGUAUGUAACCUGAAGCGUCUGUAAUUGGCUUUGGGGUAUUGCCAGCUCAAAGAUCACAAGACCAGAUCCCUUUUUAAGAAUGUGGAUCUGGCAAUGACUGUUAGGUAAAUAGAACCUCCAUAUUUGCAGGCAAUAUUAAUACAUCCAUGUACCAAGUCUUCUGCUUGUUCUUACAUACCCCAAAACCAUACCAUGCAUGAGAGAGUGGUAGCAGUAGACUGUGCGUAGCUAGAAAAGCAUGCAUAACUAGAAAAAAGGAUCUUCAGGAAAAAAUCUCUAAGAGGAGGAACCCCAAAUCCAGUCCUACAUUAUUAACUCAGUGCAGAGUGACUGAAACCUUUGAGUGGAGGGAGAUCAGAAUGGAUUAGCUAGAAGAGGAAGACAGAGAAACAGAUAUGUUAGGAGAACUGCAAGUUGAAUGGAUGAUGUGCACAGCCACUGACCAUUGUGCACAUUCACCAGGCAUCAUGGAGAAUGUGCACAUCAUCCAUCCAUGAAGAAGGAAGUAUGCUCAUUCUCUAGCCAUGAUGCACAAUUGCCAAACAGGCCUUGGAGAAUGAUGCAUAUCUCAACGGCAUUUUGUACAUUCUCCAGGCAAUAUACACAUUAUCAGUAUGCAUAGCCUCCCAGAAACGUGUAUUCCCCCCCCUGCAGUUCAGACGUGUGCAAUCUGCAUCCCUGCAAGAUGCUUCUAGCACAUUGCCUAAUGUUAUGUGGCGCACAACAUUUCCCCCAUCGAUCAGCAGAGCAAUGGGAAGAAGGGACGGGGUUCCAGAAAAAAAAUGGUAUCUCCACCCCCCCACACUCUGCAGUUCAGCCUCCUUUUCGCCACACUCAAGUGUUCCUUAGUCAGCUGAGCAACACAAUGGGUAUCACUGGAUGAGGAAAUAUUUAAAUCUUCCCCCCUUCUCCCACCAUCCUAAUGGAAAUUCCACACACACUCUUUCUGCUAUUAAGCUUAGAAAAAGCUCAAUAGCAGCAUGAGGCUUAUCAUAAUUGAAAUUACGGGGUUGGGAAGAGUUAACCAGCUGAGGAAGAGAAAACAGGAGAAAUAGCCCUGAGAUUGAGGAGAGAGUGUUCGUGAAGGUCAUAUUUUUUCUGGACCUCCACAGCUUCUUCCCAUUGUUCAGGUGAUCAGUGAAGCUCCAUCCCAACUUUGGCCUGGCACGUGUCUCAAUGACACCAGGUGAUUGACAGGUGAGUUGCCCCACCUGCUUGCCAAAAUUGGCCCAUAGGGUGAGGACAGAGGAUGAUCUGGUCCACUGGGCCCAAACGAUUCUCCACCCCUUCUUUAGAAUGUUGGUAUUUGAUGCUUUGAUUAGAACCUGACAUGUAGUGGAGUGAAACUUGAGGUAUUGAGAGUAGAUCGAGCCACCUAUUUCGUGUAUCUUUUUAACCACCCCAUUAACACGUGUCAUCGUUGUGGGUCUUACAAAAAUUCAAAGAAAGUAAAAAAUUAGAAUUAUCUUGUUCCAAGCAAAUGCAAUUCUGGUUCUAAACGCAGCAUAAGGGGUCUCUAUAGUAUAGUGUAUUUUAAAAUGGGGUUUCAGAGUUUUUAGGGGUUUUUGAAUGUUUUAUGUAGUUUUUCAAUUUCAUUGUUCUGCAUGGGACAAUGACAAUAAAGAUAUCGUAUAUCGUAUUGUAUAUAUAGUACUAAAGCAUGGUUCUAAAAGGCACGAGAAACGAGAAAGUUAUUCCCCUCGUUCUGAAAAUAUCUUAUGUACAGUAAGUACCACGUGAGCCUCUUGGGGGAGGGCAUUCCAUAACAGGGGUGCCACCACCAAAAAGGCAUCUCUUUAGGCAGGGGCACCUCAAGAAGAGCUUUUGACAAAGACCUUAUGGUCCAGGCGGAUGUAAGUGGAAGGAGGUGAACUUUUAAGAUGAGAGAUAGCAUUCCUGAAUGUUUCUAGCACUUAAAACUAAACACGAAUGAAUCCAUUUAUUUCAGUCACUGACCAGAGCGGAAAACUAAACAACAUUUCCCUGCAAGUAGAAAACUUGCAGAACAGAAGAUCAGCUAGGACCCUUCCCCUUUCAGCAGGGAGUUCUGUUUUUAAUGUGGAAUAUUUUUUUAAAAAAGGUUCUCCUGCUUGUAAUCUGCUUGUCUACCACCUCUGGACUUCAUUCUGCUGUCUGUGCAGAUCAGACAUUUUUCUUUCUAGUACCUAACAGUGGAAAGUGGGCAGCCUUUUUCCUUUUAGAGCUCUGAAUCCGGAAUAACUCAUUCCCAUAAACGGAGACUCGAUAUCCUUUCCUCAAGAAAUGGGACUGCUUGCGGGUGCCCCCCAUAGUCCUGAAGUUGGGUUUUGUGGAAAAUGACAUGGCGAGGAGCAGUUUGGGGAGGAUGAAACUGUGUGGUUUCGGUGACUGGAGGAGGGUGUGAAGUCUUUGCUGAUCAAGAACACAUUACAAGUCAGGCAACUAGUAUGGCGGAAACUCUAUAGAAGCUUCUGUUUGAUGACAUUAAUUGCAAGGAUUGAGGUGUGUGGAAUAGAGGACCAUGCAAUCUUAACUCAUGUAGGGAGGCUUUUAUCUUGAGGUCAUUCACGGUCCAACCAGAGGGAAGGGUUUAAAGUAAUCAAAUGAAAUAUAAUUAAAGAGUGAGGGAGAUGACACUAAUUAAAUAGAAACAGUUUUAUAUUGCUUGGUGACAGGUGAGUCAACAUUUGCGCUUUUGAUUUAGCCUUGGGACUUCCAUUCAGUGACUGCGCUGUCAGAAACACCCCAAAGCCACAAAUUUCCUCCUGUCUUGGCAAUGGACUUAGCUGCCACUAGUUCUUGAGUCAACGUGAACAGAUUGUAUGUACAUUCCUGAGUAAGCUGUAUGUACAUUCCUGAGUAAGGCUGCCUAGAACUUGCCCCCCAAAUCAAGUUUUCUGGUGUUGGGUAUUUAAAGAAAUGGAGGCAAUAGUCAGAAUAUUGCGCCAUCCUUGCAACUGCAAUUGUUGAACCUGUGGUCAGAUGGCAAAAAAGAUUGGAAAAAUAAAGAAUUAAUCAGCCUUUUGCUGACAGCUGCAAGGCUCUGGAAAGAUUUGUGUGAGGCUAACACAGAAUAUCGACAUCAUGUGGUCUGAGAAAAAGCACUCCUAGGAAAUACAAAUUCAGAGUCAUAAGAGGUCACAGUAAAAGAAAUGUUAGUUGCAGUGCGGUUUGGUUCCAUAGAUUGCACCAACAAGACGGAACAUGGGCAAGCGCCACCAGUAGCAUUCAAGAGGAUUUGGUUAUGAUACUAGGUUUUCUCAUAUGUUGUAAUAGCUUUCUUUAGGAAGAGACAGAUCCUUUCUCAACUCUGCAAGCACAUAGAUUAUUAAAUGCUUUGUCCCUUGGCUUUUUUUUUUUACUUGGUAACAUCUUAAAGGUGUGGCAUUGUAUUAAGUUUCCCCUCACUGAUAGUUUUGUUAUAACCUGCUUAUUUUGUUUUUAUAUUGGGUUCAUUCGUUUAGUUAUUUUCUUUGUGUUGUGACUUGUACAUGUUUUGGUAUGUAUGAUUUAGUUUAAUCUUACGUGAAAAUAAAAAAAGUCAACUUUCCAAAAAUGUGGCACAUAAGUCUUGUUUCAUGCCCAAAGGCUAAUACUGAAAAACUGUCCUCUGAUCUGUGUUUGACCACCUGUGUUUGACCCCGAAGAGGCAGAACAUCUAGAAUUCAUUAACUAAUUUUGCCUAUUUUUGUCUAGUAACCCAAAGAGUAAGGUCUUGUCUCACUGGCAAAUUUGUCAUAUGGUUCCAUAGAUAAAGAAGCUUAAUGAAGAUCUUAUUACAGUUUUUAGACUGAAUGUGUGAUUACUCGAAAACACACGAUUGUUUUCUAACAGCCAGUCAUAUUUCAAAGCUAAACCCACACAUUCAUAGGAAUCCUAGUUAUCUCCAUGUGUCAACAAAUACUGUUUCUUUGUGCUUUGACGAAAACAAGCAAUGUGAAAAAAAUAUAUAUACAUUAGUUUGUGAGAUAUAUACGUAUUUCAGAAUUCAUAUCCAUUAUCCUUGAGCCAUUUGGUGCCAGUGUUCAAAAAUUCCCAGGUGUCAGGCACAUUUUGCUCCCGGGUUAUUAGGCACUUGUAACCAAUGAAGAUGCCUGGGCGACAGGGCAUUCUUUGUGGUGGCCCCUAAGCUACUCCCUCCCUACAGAGGUGUGUCUGGCACCAUCACGGUACAGCUUCUGGUGAAUGCUGAAUAUGCACCUCUUACCCUGGCUUUUGACACAGGUGUACAUUUUUUACUUUCCUUAUUUCUGUGACUGUAGAUUGUUUUAAACUGUGCUUAACAUUGUGCUUUGAUGUUGUAACCCAGGCAUAGGCAAACUCGGCCCUCCAGAUGUUUUGGAACUACAACUUCCAUCAUUCCUGACCACUGGUCCUGUUAGCUAGGGAUGAUGGGAGUUGUAGUUCUAAAACAUCUGGAGGGCCGAGUUUGCCUAUGCCUGUUGUAACCCACCCUGAGACUUUGGGGUGAAGGGUGGGUUAAUACAAAAUAAUGACAAUAAUUAUUUUGGUAGGGCUAGCAUUGCGGGCUACAAUUUAAUAGGUUUCAAUUAGAACUUUGAAAAUGUUGCCUCUUUGUCCUUGCAACACCCCUAUAGGCAAGUCCUGAUUUCUGUUUUACAAGUGGGCUCUCCAGUUCAAGAGGAAGAAUGUUAUUUUUCUUCCUUCCUAACGCAGUGCUUGAAAAAUCUCUGGCACACUUCACUGUUUCCUCCCAGCACCUGACAAUACCUGAGAUUCCUAUGCAAUGCUAACACAAGGUUUUGCCUGUUUUUGGCCCUUCCUCAACGCUUAUGAAGCGUUUAGAGAGGGGGAAAAAACAUGGUAGAAGUCACGUGUACCUUGUAGACUUGGCUUUGCUAUCUGAAACGCCAAAUCCUUUUAAUAAGCUGUGUUGGCCUUCCUAACAAACACCUGCAGCAAGCCAGUACAUGGCCCAGCCUCUGCCUGGGAGGAAGGGAGUGGAGGAAAAUGUUGACUGAUAGUUGACUCUGCCACAGUUUCUCUUCAGGCCAUGGCAUGAGAUUAACAGCAGAACGCCUUGAUUCAGGGAAAACCACAGAAAUGCAGGCUCCUCAGUAGACUUGAUGGUGGUGCUGGUGGUAGAGGGAUCGUUGUAUACCCCCUGGGAUAUGAGAACAGAUACCUAUGCCAGGAGUGGUGCCCCUCCAGAUGUUGCUUAUUUCAUCCGCCCAUUUGUUAUAUUUCCAUGCCGAUUUUCACUAACACAAAUGACAAAGCAGCUUACAAACAAUGAAUAACAAGAACAGAACAAUUACAACAUAUUUCAUAUAGAACAGUGGUUCCCAACCUUUUUUUUUGGCCAUGCCCCACCUAAGCAUCUCUAAAAUCCUGAUCCGCCCCCCCCCCCAUGAUGUAUAAUUCUUAUUAUUCAAAAAGUGAACUAUUCACAUGGAGGAAGCCUCAAAGGCCAUUCACUGCUAAUAACUCAUUCUCAAAUUGCCCACCUUAAAAAUCAAAUUGCCCUCCUGUGGGAUGUGUGCCCCACAUUGGGAACCACAGAUAUAAAAUAAUUAACAAAUCCUUAGUAAAAGAAUUCCAAAUCACCAGUAAAACAACCACCUUCUAUAAAACACUAUUAACAAAACAACUAAAAGGAAAAAGCUAAACAGCAGAACCACAGCGGAAGUCCUAUUCUAAGAUUCACAAAGCGUUAUAGCACCCGUGAUCCACAAAAUAACAUUAACAAACCAAAAACCAACUAAGCACGGUUGAUUUCACAGAAACACUCCCCCCACCCCCAUGACUCAUAGUCUUCCACUCAGUUGAUCAAAAGACACAUGAACAUAAGGCCCGUGGCAGCAACUCUAUUCUGAAGGCUCCUAAGGCUGGAGGCUAGGGCAAGGCAGGUGGAAAAAGGUCUCAUUCCCCUAUAGCUCCCAUCAUGUUUGACAUUGGCUAGACCCAAUGGGAGUUGGAAUAGGAAAACACUGGUGGGGGGGGGUGUCACAGGUUUCCCACCCUUGUUCUAAUGCUAUGCAAGAAAAUUUAAAAGUAACAAGUUGCUAGGUCUGGAUGGCAUCCACUGGGGUGCCCUCCAGAUGUUGUUAGACGACAAUGCCCAUCGACAGACCAUUGGCCACACUAGUUGGGGCUGAUGGGAGUUGGAGUCCAACAACAUCCCCUCCCUUGACCAAAAGCGUGUUACAAGAUAAGCUUCUGCACAUAACUUCUUAUAAUUCAUUUUUUCUUACUUUAAAAUCUUCCAGGUUAUCGCUAUAGUUAUGGACUCCUUCACAGACAUGGACAUCUUCAGUGAUCUCCGGGAAGCCUGUAGAAAGAGGCUGGUUCCCGUCUACAUCCUCCUGGAUCAGGCCUGCCUUUGUCAUUUUAUGGAGAUGUGCAAAAACCUGGAUUUUUCUCCUGAACAGGAGCAUGUAAGUUGUGGGGUGCUUCUGAUUUUACAAGUGGAAAACAGAUUGAUCUUGGAUUUACCUCAAGCCAUUAUUCAAGAGAGGGAGAAAGUCUCAUGCUCAAAGCUGCUUUUCCCUUUCAUUGUCUAAUGCAUUUGGAUGCCAAACCCUUUACCCAGAAGUGAGGUUCCCUUGAUACAUCCCAGUUAAGAGACCAAUCCAAACUGUGGCUGGAGACCUUGUGCCAGCCAGGAUGGGAACUAUGCAUGGGGCGGUGGUAAAUCUCAACUAGUUUGCUGCAGGCCCAUUACAAGGAUACAGUUCUGGCUUGAAGAGAGCUUGGCAUUUUGGCCUAAACUGUGUGCCAUUUUUUAACAGCUGAUGAGAGUCCGAACUAUUACUGGAAACACUUAUUAUGCAAGAUCAGGAGCCAAGAUAAUUGGGAGUGUCCAUGAGAAGUUCAUGUUGGUUGAUGGUGUAAGAGUGACUACAGGCUCUUACAGGUAAGCUACCUGAUACCUUUCGUAUUUCUUUAACAAACCCGAGAGUCUUCUAUAGAGUGUAGUCUGAUGGGAAGUCUGCGAUAGCCUCAACAGACAAAUACCCAUCGCCUAUGCUUGAAGCACCAUUUCCCUGGUACAAACAUGCCCCCUUGACUAGCAGACCCUUUAAGAAAUUGACAAAGGCUUUAUCUCACCUGAAGCGGGGCAGGAGGAAGGGCCAGGGGGAGAUUGAUUAGUCUUCUUGAGCUGCUUUUAGUUCCCUUCACUUCUGAUUUGUAUUUAUAUGCAGACAUGGCAAUAUGGAAUGUACUUUAUGUAUAUUCAUUAUGCAGAAGUGACAUAUGGCCUUUCAGACUGUCCAAGCAGCAGCUGUUGAAUUUCUGCUUGCCAAGCUGUAAAAAGGCACCAAAGUUCUACUGAGGGGGUGGGGGUUGUGGAGAGAAAAAGAAGUAGCAAAUGUGUAUUUAAAUGGGAAUGAAUUCUUGUUCUGUCUCACAAGGGGGAGCAGUUCAGUCUUACCUACUUAAUACCAACAAGAAGAGGCCAUGAAACAAUGUUUUAAAUAAUAUUUUAUUUUCAGUGCUUUUUUCCUGGGAGGAUGCAGGGGUACGCAUACCCCUAAACAUUUUGUGAAUCUAGGUCUGGCCUAACUGAGUAUUUCAAUAUGAGUAAGAAAAUGAGAGUACCGCUGAACAUUUUUUAAAGAAAAAAGCACUGGAUAUUUUUAUUGGGAUUUUAUCACGCUGCAGUACAAAUGCAAGAGAAACAUGUAAAUGCUACAGAAUGAAAUAAGUAAAUAAAAAGGUUGAAACAAACAAACAUAGAACAUGUGUUCCAUGUUGAAAGAACAAGCUCUACCACAGGCAAAAACACAUGUACAUUGCAAAAGGCUGGACUCGGAAGUAAUCGCUAAGUAGGGACUGAGUACCAGAACAGAUACCACAACCAGAUUGAUGCUGUGAGAGAAUGUGAGGAGUAGAUGGUCUAGUUUCCCCUGGAGUUAAUGAAGAAAAGGUAACCAGUCAUCAGAGAACUUCACAUUGGAUUCCAACCCCCCAGCCAAUUUGCAUUGCUAUGUCCAUUUGUCAGCCAUAAAACAUUUUUUUUAAAUGAACAGUUAUGCAUAGCAUAAUACUCUUCUUCUCUUUCUCCUCCCCCAACCCCUGGUAGCUUCACGUGGACUGAUGGGAAACUAAACAGCAGCAAUGUAUUGCUACUCUCCGGCCAAGUGGUUGAACACUUUGAUCUGGAGUUCCGCAUCUUGUACGCACGAUCGAAACCUCUUGACCCGAAGAAUCCAUCCAGCUACAGGAACAGCGAUGCCUCUGAGCACAUGAGCAGUAAAGCAACACCGUGCAAAGACUUCACUGUGCAUAACCUCCUGAGAGCGGAGUUUGCCAGGCUCUCAAGCAGCCCAAAGAAGCUUGAGAGAGAACUGGAGCUGGCGAGAGAACUCCAAAGUGGAAGGGUGACCGCGAAGCGCCCUCACCUUAGUGGCGAUGAGGAGUGGCACAAUGGCCCUGAGGUCCUAGCGAACCCUAAGGGGACAAGUAGCCAGUCAACUCAGACCGAGCCAUUGGAAGAGAAGCCCGCCACCACCCUCUUUAACUGCGCCACACAAACCAGCAUUUCAGUGGCAACAGCCACAACCCAGACCACUACUCGAUCCAGGAUAGUGGGCACUCAGACGACCGUUUUGUACAAGACCGCCACAACGCAGACCGAACAGAGGGAGGCUGCAGAAGUGGUCCAGAACCAAAGGGUGCCCGAUCAAAGGAUGCCCGAACAGAGAGUGGUCUUCAAAGAAGCAUCUCCUGAUCAGAGGGUGCCAUCUAAAGAAGUAUCUCCCAUUACUAGGAAGGCCACUUCAACUUCAUCUAGCGCUCGGUCGCUUUCUUCGCUGUCUUCCCAGUGCUCUCGGGCAAGCUCUACGGGCUCGCUGACAUCCCUGAGGUCCAUAGACUAUGCCGCCAACCACAGGGCCGACUAUUUCCGCAAGCUGAACAAGGAGAGGGAAUUCCACUACUCCGUCAUCCGGUCCAAGCUGAAUCACAUGGUUUCCAUGCUGUCUAGGAGGGGCAACGUGGCAGAAAACUACAUAGGCUGCCGCCCAAUGAGGUGCAACUUAAAGCCUAGGCAGCGGAUCAGCACAAGCCUUAUAAACCUCAGAGACUUUGCACUGUAUUCAUCAAAUGACUGCUUCUGAGAAAUGGGAUCAUGAGAGCUGGCACACAUAAUUGCCAUACAGGGGAUGCUGCUGGGUUGGUUGUUGUUGUUUUUUUAACUUGGCUGCCCAGCCAUCUUUGUGAUACUGCAAGCCUUUCUCAGGCUUUGCCGUGCCAUGGAGAAAAACGGGUUGGAAUGCCAAGCCAAUAUGCACAUUAUACCUUGCGGCACAAAGGUAGCAAUCACAUGGAAACUACUUCACGUUGCUCUUUGUGGCUUACUUGUAAAUGCUCCAGCCUUCACACUUGGUCAAUUCUGUAUUGCCCUUAGAAAUGUUGCUUUCUAGUGCUUUUUUUGGUCUAAGAAAUCAUAGGGUAACUUGGUUUUAUCAAGGGACAAAAAUAUUAGCUGUUUUGAUUGUUUAAAAACCACGGUAGUGCCUUUUUUUUUGUCCCAAUAUAGGAGCAUGUAAAAAUAUUUUAAGUGUAUGACCCUGUAGUUGAUGGCCUGAUGGCUAACAAAAGACAAUGACAAAGACAAUGUUCAGUGACUCGUAAUUUUUCCAACAACUAUGCCCAUAUCUUAGGGCAAAUUUCCCAGUUGUUGUUUGUUAUUUUCAUUGUCUUCUACUUUUAUGUAUAUAAUUCUUAUUUGACUCUGAAAAAUAAAACAUUUCCAAAAAAGAAAA